AUGAUGAGGCACCAUGCGCAGCGCCUGAAGCUUCUGACAGGCUGCUGGAAGGAGGUAAACGUCACUGAGGACGAUGAGGCCGAUGGGAACGCAGAGGAGCAGCACGAGCACGCCGAAGGCCACGGAGAAGGCCACGAGGAGUGUCGGCUCCCACAUAACUGGGUAUGUGGACUACUUGAUGAGAUCGAGCAGAUGGAGCCUGUGAAGAUGCAGAUAGAUGCAGCAAAGGCUGCAACAGCUACACAAGAUGCUGCAGCAAUCUCCGAGUUGGCGAGCCUGACAGCUGUGGCUGGCGCCAAAGACCUGGACUUUGCAGUCUGGGUUCCCGGCCUCCAGGAUAUCACGUUUUCGAAAAGUUGGCUCUGUCUUUCACGUUUCGUCUCUGAUCGGAAUGCCAGGUGGAGUGCAGAAGCUGCGCAGCUACGCUGA